CACAGUGCCAAGAGCACCCAAGAUACCUUCUGCAUGUCCUUUCAAGCUCGUGGACAAACAAUCGAGACAUCGAGACAUCAACACUUUCACCUGAUCCCCACAAAAACUCACAAGACAAACAAACAUACAAACAAACAUCAUGAAUCGAUCAACAGUUGAUGCAUCGCGGCCCUUCGCGACCCCACAGGUCUUGCAAAAGGCACGCCAUGGAGAACAAUCUCCUAGCCAGGUUCAGGUGAUCAAUGGCUCCCCUCCGCCAAUGCCUCCCAUGUUGGGAAGAAACAAUAAAACAAAACCUGCUUUUGCCAGUGAGAACAUGCCUCCAUCCAGUGUCCCACUCCAGAAGCCGCUGCCAUUGUUGCCUCCUUCCCACUGUUCCCCACCCACUGAGAUCAACGGUAGUCCGCCAAAGAUUGUUCCAUCCGACUCGGACGCUUCAUUGAAAUCCCAAGCACCCAGUGACAUGUCCGCUCCUCCCGGGAUGAUCACCAGGUAUGUAACCAAGACCACUGUCAAGAACGUCAACGGCAAGAACGUCGUUGAGAAGACUACGGUUACCUUUACGGAGCCUCUGAACAAGCAACCGCAGGGAUGGGGCGGAAGACUGAUGAAAAAGUUUGGAAAGAACAAGAACAGUGGAAAGCUCAAGCCUUUGUCAACACGUGAAAUGAACACUGCGCUAGCUACCGUGCAAGAAGAUGCUGCUCAAACGGAUGCAGAAGUUCCAAAGGUUGAAGCGGCAGUGCCACGAUCCAAGAAGCGAUGGUCCAUGUUCCGAAAGGGAAAGGGAAAGCAGAAGCCCUCCACGAAGUCAGCACUGGUCCAAGAAGCACCUUCAGCUGCAAAUAAACAACAGUCCCAGGCUGCAGCCACUUUGGCGCACCAGACACAACCGGUUGGAGCGAGCACUUCCGCCGCUGCGCCUCGUUCUUUUCAAGUUGUUUCGGUGCCACCGGGAUUGACUUCAGCCGAGGCAUGCGCAGCUCUUCUUGCGGCGUUCCCUCCAUCGCCCGCUGCUACAGCUUCGGCGGCGCCUCGUUCGCCCUGCCCAGUGCCAAUGGAACAAGCACCCCCACCAGUUUCAACAAGCUCGACCCAAACCAGCCCUCCUGUGCUGCUGCCAAGCGACGACGAGACCAUUUUGGAGUACUAUUCGGUGGCUAACGAUGAUGCUGUAUCAGAGUACGAGGAGAUGACCAUUCUGGACGACCAAAUGUACGACGUAUCUUACUUCGAAGAAGAGACAGUCCUAGACGAAAGAUCAUAUGACGUUGGAUCUUACUUCGAAGAAGAGACGGUUCUAGACGAAAGCGUCCACCAACGUGACAUGAUGCAACAAAGGGGUCAAUUUAGAAACGAAGCGGCGACAUCGCCAACAAUCAAGAUGGAGGGAAUGGACUUGCUCAUGGCCAACAUUCGGCAACGGGCGGACAAGGUGCACUAGCUUGCCGUACUCCAAGUGGCAGUUUCUCUUCUCACUGAUGAGGUACCACAUGGCCCCUUAGAACGAUGUACACGAAGUAUAUCCCUCUCAUGAUGCCGCGAAAGAAAGUAUGGACUUGUAUCUUAGAUAACAGAUAUUGUAACCAUUCCCUAAGUAGACUACAUGUUGUUCACUGGACUCU